AUGGAGACAACAUUUUCCUUGAGGAGAAAGGAAAUUGUGCAGGAUCAGCCGCUGGUGUCAACAAUCAAGCAAAGAUGGCCUGGACUGUUUUUUGAGGAGGAGGUUUGUGCUGAAUUCUACCGCAUCAACCGUAUUGACCUGAAGUCAACAUUCCUGACAUCGUUGGACAAUCACACCCAGGGGUUUCGGAAGAUGUACAGAACCAAAGCAAGACAGGGAAGGUGGAACGACUUGGAUGAACUUCUUGAGAAACUGGAUGCCCAGACCACAGAUCUAACCACUUUUAGAAGGUCUGCUGUUCUCCGUGGUCUUUCCCUGUACUUGAGAGAGCCAGCAUCAAUUUCAAAGACUAUUAGGGAUACUGAGGCACUGAGACCACACACAAAGGCCAUGAAAAUGGGGAUCCUGGAAGUGACAGACAGCUCUACCAACUCAGCAAAUCCCAAAGUGGUCGAUGUGGCUGUAAUAUUGGAGGAGGAAGUUGUCAUGGACAAUCUGGGAGACUUAACAAAUGCCCUCAUGAUCCUCUUCGGUCUGCUUUUUGCACUAAAUAUGGAGUACCCUAAGGACUUAAAGUACACAUUCGAGGCAGUCCAGAAGAUUAUCUUAAACAUGGGAGAAAAGUGCACAGCAAGGAUCCAGUCCUUGAAGAAUACGUUAUUACUAAAUGAGUAAAUGUUUGGUUUAAUGGUCGUUACAUGUUAGUUCCAGUCAUUGAGUUAUCAAAGGUUUCAUGCAAAUGUUUGUUAAAUUCAACAACAAAAAGUCAGAACAUUUUUUUGUAACCGUAAAAGUAAUUUUGAUUGUGUUUUUGUUGAAAACAAUGUGGGGAGCAGUUUAUU